CCGCCGGCGCUACCUGUGCCCGCCGCCCCUCCCGCUCCGGCCGGCGGGGCGGCAACAGGGACGGGCCGGCGGCGCCGGGUAUUUGACCCCGCGCCGGCAAAACCCCCCGCGCCGGGUUCCCCCGCUCUCUCUCUCCUCCUCUCCGCGGCCUUCGCCUCCCCCCCGCCGCGCCCGCGCUUGUCCCUGCCAUGCCGAACAUCGUGCUGUUCAGCGGAAGCUCCCACCACGACCUGUCCCAGCGAGUGGCGGAGCGGCUGGGGUUGGAGCUGGGCAAGGUGGUCACCAAGAAGUUCAGCAACCAGGAGACCAGUGUAGAGAUUGGUGAAAGUGUGAGAGGAGAAGAUGUGUAUAUCAUCCAGAGUGGCUGUGGAGAAAUAAAUGACAACUUAAUGGAAUUGCUCAUCAUGAUCAAUGCUUGCAAGAUUGCAUCAUCCUCCCGAGUGACAGCUGUAAUUCCAUGUUUUCCAUAUGCCAGGCAAGAUAAGAAAGACAAGAAGGGGUCCGUGGAGCGUUGGAGCCGUGCUCCAAUCUCUGCAAAACUUGUUGCAAACAUGCUGUCAGUUGCAGGGGCUGACCACAUCAUCACCAUGGACUUGCAUGCCUCUCAGAUCCAGGGUUUCUUUGACAUUCCAGUAGAUAACCUGUAUGCAGAACCUGCAGUGCUGCAGUGGAUUAAAGAGAACAUUGUGGAGUGGAGAACCUGUAUCAUAGUCUCACCUGAUGCAGGUGGUGCAAAAAGGGUUACUUCAAUUGCUGACAGACUGAAUGUGGAAUUUGCUCUCAUUCAUAAGGAACGAAAGAAGGCAAAUGAAGUGGACAGAAUGGUCUUGGUUGGUGAUGUGAAAGACAGAGUAGCAAUUCUUGUUGAUGAUAUGGCUGACACAUGUGGCACAAUAUGUCAUGCAGCAGAGAAGUUAGUGUCUGCUGGAGCUACUAAAGUCUAUGCCAUUCUUACACACGGUAUCUUUUCUGGUCCUGCUAUUUCUCGAAUUAAUAAUGCAUCAUUUGAGGCUGUUGUGGUAACUAAUACAAUUCCUCAAGAAGAGAAAAUGAAACACUGCCCAAAAAUUCAGGUUAUUGACAUUUCUAUGAUCCUGGCUGAGGCAAUUCGAAGAACACACAAUGGUGAAUCUGUGUCUUUCCUGUUCAGUCACGUCCCCUUGUAAACUGCAGAUUACAUUGCAUUGCAAAGGUCCUUUCAGCUAGCACUGUUGUUUUUAACAAUGCAUCUCAACCACAAGAAAUUAAUAUCUUUGUACAAAU